CUGCGCAACGCCCCGCGCUGCUGGGACGUCAUCCAGCCCCUGCUCUGCGCCGUCUACAUGCCCAAGUGCGAGGACGGCCAGGUGGAGCUGCCCAGCCAGACCCUCUGCCAGGCCACCCGGGCGCCCUGCACCAUCGUGGAACGCGAGCGCGGCUGGCCCGACUUCCUCAAGUGCACGCCCGACCGAUUCCCCGAGGGAUGCCCGAACGAGGUGCAGAACAUCAAGUUCAACAGCUCGGGGCAGUGCGAGGCGCCGCUGGUGCGGACGGACAACCCCAAGAGCUGGUACGAGGAUGUGGAGGGUUGCGGCAUCCAGUGCCAGAACCCGCUCUUCACCGAGAAGGAGCACCGCGAGAUGCACGUCUACAUCGCCGCCUUCAGCUCCGUCACCAUCUUCUGCACCUUCUUCACCCUGGCCACCUUCGUCGCCGACUGGAGGAACUCCAACCGCUACCCCGCCGUCAUCCUCUUCUACGUCAACGCCUGCUUCUUCGUGGGCAGCAUCGGCUGGUUGGCGCAGUUCAUGGACGGCGCCCGCGACGAGAUCGUGUGCCGGGCCGACGGCACCAUGCGGCUGGGGGAACCCACCUCCAACGAGACGCUCUCCUGCGUCAUCAUCUUCGUCAUCGUCUACUACUCGCUGAUGUCGGGCGUCAUCUGGUUCGUCAUGCUGACCUACGCCUGGCACACCUCCUUCAAGGCGCUGGGCACCACCUACCAGCCGCUGCUGGGCAAGACCUCCUACUUCCACCUCAUCACCUGGUCCAUCCCCUUCGUCCUCACCGUGGCCAUCCUGGCCGUGGCGCAGGUGGAUGGUGACUCUGUCAGUGGCAUCUGCUUCGUGGGGUACAAGAACUACCGCUACCGGGCUGGCUUCGUCCUGGCGCCCAUCGGGCUCGUCCUCAUCGUGGGGGGCUAUUUCCUCAUCCGGGGUAGGUGCCAGCUCGCCCCGGUGCGGGGACAGGAGCACCGUGGGUGUCCCCUCACCCUGACCAUCUCGUCCCUCCACUGCAGGGGUGAUGACGCUCUUAAUUUGAGCAUCUUCGGCUUCUUGGCCUUCGGCUUUGUCUUCAUCACUUUCGGCUGCCACUUCUAUGACUUCUUCAACCAGGCGGAGUGGGAGCGCAGCUUUCGGGAAUACGUCCUGUGCGAGGCCAACGUGACCAUCGCCACGCAGACCAACAAGCCCAUCCCGGACUGCGAGAUCAAGAACCGGCCGAGCCUGUUGGUGGAAAAGAUCAACCUUUUUGCCAUGUUCGGCACCGGCGUCUCCAUGAGCACUUGGGUCUGGACCAAGGCCACCCUGCUCAUCUGGAAGCGCACCUGGUGCAGGCUGACGGGGCAGAGCGAUGACCAGCCCAAGAGGAUCAAGAAGAGCAAGAUGAUCGCGAAGGCCUUCUCCAAGCGCAAGGAGCUGCUGCGUGACCCGGGCCAGGAGUUGUCCUUCAGCAUGCACACUGUCUCGCACGACGGCCCCGUGGCCGGUUUAGCGUUCGACAUCAACGAGCCAUCAGCUGACGUGUCCUCGGCGUGGGCACAGCACGUCACCAAGAUGGUGGCCAGGAGAGGAGCUAUCCUGCCCCAGGACAUCUCUGUGACGCCCGUGGCGACGCCUGUGCCGCCGGAGGAGAGGGCCAACCUCUGGGUGGUGGAGGCCGACGUCUCCCCCGAACUGCAGAAACGCAGCGGCCGCAAGAAGAAGCGGAGGAAGAAGAAGAAGGAGGUGUGCCCGAGCCCAGAGCGCUGCCUGGGGGGUCCCGCAGCCCCCCCGGCCCCCAGCAGCGCCGUCCCUCGCCUGCCCCGGCUGCCCCCCCAGCCCUGCCUGGUUGCCUUCGCUCCCGAUGUCCUCCCGGGGCUCCCGCCAGGCCAGCCCGAAGCCGCCUUCGCCGGGGGGCCGUGGGACGGCCGCCGCAGAGCCAACGUCUUCCACCUCAUCAGCAACCCCUUCUGCCCCGAGAUUGGGUCCCUGGAGGAGGAGAGCCCCGGCCCCAGCAGCGGGCGCCGGCAGCACAACGGGGGUCCGCUCUGGCCCCCUGACACCCUGCCCCGCGGCGGGGGGCCGAGGACUCAGGGCCGACGAGCCGGCUUGGCUCCCAUCCACUCUCGGACCAACCUGGUGGAUGCGGAGCUGCUGGAUGCCGAUGCGGACUUUUGA